GCAUUUGGCAACACUCUCUGGUACAUUAUGUGAUUUUGGGGGCUGUCCUGGCCAGGACCGGGAGCUGGAACCGGACGAUCCUUACUGCUCCCUUCCCACCCCGGCUGUUCAGUGAUUCCGCGGCUCCAAGUCCCGCCCGCCUUGCGCUCAUUGCGGCAGCGCAGGCGCGGUGCCAGCCCCGGCCCGGAAGUACGGCGGCGGCGGCGGCGAGCGGCACCUCCUUUAAUACUCAUAAUUAAAAUGGCAAAAACAACUGAUCCUUCUGAGAAACUGAUUAUCCACUCCAAAGCUCACAAAGAUACCAUUCUAGCUAAUUUUGAGGAACAAAGAAAAAAGGAUUUUCUUUGUGACAUUACUCUGAUAGUGGAGAAUGUGCAAUUCAGAGCUCAUAAAGCUUUGCUGGCUGCCAGCAGUGAAUACUUCUCAAUGAUGUUUGUAAAUGAGGGUGAAAUAGGGCAAUCAAUUUACAUGUUGGAGGGAAUGGUUGCAGACACCUUUGGAGUUCUGCUAGAAUUUAUCUACACUGGUUGCCUCUGUGCCAGUGAGAAAAGCACAGAACAAAUCCUGGCUACUGCACAACUUCUGAAAGUGACUGACUUGGUGUGGGCCUGUACAGACUACCUGGAAAGCCGCAGCCCUGGUAGUGCAUUGCCAGCUCCAGCUGAAAGUGGAGCUUCUGUUGUUGGAAGUGACAGGAAAAAAGAUGAUCCACCAAAGCGAAAGCGGGGGCGACCAAGGAAAAUCAAGGUUGUCCAAGAAGAAGAAGAAGAAGAAGAAGAAUUGGGAGCAAAUUCCACUGAAGAUGGGCAGCUGAGAGAGAACAACUCUGUGCAAAAUGAGCAAAAUUAUAUGAAAAAAGACACUGAAGUAGAAGAAACAGUUGCCAGUGAACAGGCUUCAGUGAGAAAAGAUGGAGAAGAAACUGAACCUGCUUGUGGAUCAGAGGCUGCUGUUGAUCUGUCAGCUGAGAAAGAUGAAAACUACGAUCCCAAAUCUGAAGGAAUACAGAGCACUCAGAGCCGUUACAGCAAACGUAGAAUAAGGAGAUCAAUCAAACUAAAAGAUUAUAAACUUCUUGGGGAUGAGGAUGAGAAAGGACUGGCAAAGAGAAGUGAUGGAAAAAGAAAACGUGCAGGUUCUGAAGCUCGCUGUAAAGACUGUGGCAAAGUAUUUAAGUAUAAUCACUUCUUGGCUAUUCACCAGCGAAGCCAUACAGGGGAGCGCCCUUUUAAGUGCAAUGAGUGUGGCAAAGGCUUUUCCCAGAAGCAUUCUCUUCAAGUCCAUGAGCGGAUGCACACUGGGGAACGGCCGUACACGUGCACCAUUUGCAGUAAGGCUCUGACAACAAAGCAUUCUCUUCUGGAGCACAUGAGCCUACAUUCAGGGCAGAAAGCUUUUACCUGUGAUCAGUGUGGGAAAUAUUUCAGCCAAAAGAGACAGCUCAAGAGCCAUUAUCGACUACACACAGGCCGCUCACUGCCGGAAUGUAACCAGUGUCGUCGCAAAUUCAUGGAUGCAGCUCAGCUAAAGAAACAUCUAAGAACACAUACAGGUGAGAAGCCCUUCACUUGUGAGAUUUGUGGCAAGUCAUUUACAGCUAAAAGUUCGCUUCAGACUCAUAUUAGAAUUCAUAGAGGAGAAAAGCCAUAUUCUUGUGAUAUAUGUGGAAAAUCCUUCUCUGAUUCCAGUGCUAAGAGAAGACACUGUAUCUUACACACAGGCAAAAAGCCUUUUGCCUGCCCAGAAUGUAGUUUGCAGUUUGCUCGUCUGGACAAUCUGAAGUCGCAUCUGAAAAUUCACAGCAAGGAAAAGCAGUUUCAGGAAGUCAGCACUGCCCCAAGCACCAACGCUCAUCCGGAAGAAGUGAGAAACAUUCUCCAGCUGCAGCAGUACCAACUUGCCACCUCGGGAGGGCAGGAAAUUCAGCUGCUGGUUACAGAUGCAGUACACAACAUCAACUUCAUGCCCAGCCACAAUCAAGGCAUCAGUAUUGUGACUGCAGAAAAUGCCCCCAGCAUGACAACGGAGCAGGCCGCGAACCUCGCGCUCCUUGCACAGCCUCCACAACAGCUGCAAAACUUGCUGCUUUCAGCUCAGCAGGAGCAAGCAGAACAAAUCCAAAGUAUCAAUGUGAUUGCAAACCAAAUAGAGGCUGCCCAGUCUGAACAAAUGCAUGUCAUAACUCUUUCAAAGGAAGCGCUAGAACAUCUCCAUGCUCAUCAAGGACAAAAUGAACAAAUCCACUUGGCGGGAUCUUCACAUCCAGCUCAGCACGUGCAGCUGGCUCAGGAAUCAAGUCAGCAGUCUCAUUCUAGCCACAAUACAGUUCCUUCCCAUCAAGUCAGUGAAGAACAGAAUCAAAGUGUACUUGUUUCUGAAUCCCAUCAGCAGCCUCUGUCAGUAAAUGAGUCAUCUCAUGAGCAUCCUAUGCAAGGACAGGCUUUCUGAAAUGCUUGUUUGUCAGCAGAGGGCUAGGACAGAGAAUGCUUCUCAUCCAGGCACGAAUUACAUGUGUCACACUUUUUUGGUUUUUUGCAAGAUAAGCUAUCCAAAGAUGCAUUUCUUGGUGAUUUUGGAUGGGUGACAGUUUUUGUAACCACAUUUAUUUUAGACUGUUUUGUUUUUCUGGACUGGUAUUUCUUUACCACUUAGUCCAUACCUCAGAAGCAAUUAAUGUGGGGUUUUGUGCCUCAUACACAUCUCUGCCUCCUGAGAAGAUAUUCAGCCCUUAUUUGCAUUUCUGUGUGACUCUCCAGAGAAGUUCAUCUUGCUGGUAGGAGAACAAUGUUUAGGACAUCUGCUGGUCACAAAGUACCGCUUCUCUGACAAACUUAACAUUAUACCUGAGCUGCUGUCAAGCUUAAGACAACCAGUACUUUUUGCAAAGCUAACACCAUAUGUCUUACGUUUAAUGAGCUUUCUCUCUGCAGGUUAAUGUAUAGUUCUCUAUAUAAUUUUUCCCUGAAGUGCAUUAUGAGUUUCUGACUGCCAAAUUCAUUUGGUGUGGGUUGAAACUGUUGCAGCCUUUAACCGGCCCUGAAUCUUCCCUCCUGUUUACUGUGUGCUAUACACAUUUUGCUCCUCAGAAAGGUUUAAGCCAUUGCACUUGAAUAGUGGCAAUGAGAUGUGAUGGUUACACUGGAGAACUGAAACCCCCAAAUUCUGCUCUGUUAGUUCUACCACUCACUCUCUGUGUGACUGUGGGCAAGGUAGUUGACCUCUGUGCCUUAUUUCAUCAUCUAGUAAGUGGGGAUAGUGUUCACACACCUCUGCCAAGCACUUUGAAGAGCUCUUGAUGUUAAAGGCACUGUCUACUGAAGUGCAGAACUCUCUUCCUGAAAGGAUUCUGUCUAAGCUUAGGAGCCACUGUAUAUUUAAAGUGUUAUUUUUUGUACUUUUGAGAGAAGAACCUAAUCUUACUUUAAUAUAUGUUAAGACUGGUAAUUGUUUAUGUGAGGAUUCAAUGAAGAGCAUCACUUCAGAGCAUAACAAGUUACAUAAAUGGGGCACAUCACUUAAAGUUGUACAACUAUUUUUGUUGACUAAAUUAGAUGUGUACAGAUUGUUUUCAGUGACUGACUGCUAACAAAAAAAAAGAUUUGACAUUACAAUAAAAUGCCUUGCCAAAA